UCAGCUACAGCGUUGGGAUCUCCGCAUGCGAGAAGGGGGGGCAGUGGCAGCGGGCAUUGAGGCUGCUCAGCGAUAUGUGGGAUGCGACUUUGGAGCCCGACGUCAUUAACUACAACGCCGGGAUCAGCGCAUGCGGAAAGGGCGAGCAGUGGCAGCGGGCUGUGGCGCUGCUCAGCGAGAUGUGGGCGGCGAAGGUGGAGCCCGACAUCACCUUCAGCUACAGCGCUGGGAUCAGCGCCUGCGAGAAGGGUGAGCAGUGGCAGCGGGCACUGGCGCUGUUCAGCGAGAUGUUGGCGGUGAGUUUAGAAAACAAUCCCUAG